CGCACUGUUUAAGCUCAGUCUUGUAAGCCUGGUUCUAUCUUAUCACCCAUUACUUCUUAUAUAUCUACCCAGGUCUCCUGUUUCCUCAAUUGUCAUUUGCUGCUUUCGACCUGCUAUUGUCUUUGAGCUACUGUGCAACUGCUUUCAAACUACUCUGAAACUGCUCUGAAACCUCUUUUUUCCUUUUUGUUACCUUCCAUCAACCAUGUUAUCGCAUUUGUCCCAGGUUUAUCGUAAGAAUAAAAAGAAGAUUAUCAUAACUUCCUCUGUCUUGGGCUUGACUUACAUCAUAUCUAAAUAUGUGAACCAGAAAGUCACUGCUUAUCAAAACCAGAUCCAAGAAGAAAAGAUGACCAAAGAACAGAUCAAGCGAAGAUUCCAGGAAACUCAAAAGGAGGCACUUUUCACCAUCUUUGCCUUGAUUCCUGCUUUAGAUACCCCGAUUUUCAAAUCUUUACCUGUCGAACAAACCACUAAACUUUUGCAACAGAAAAAACUUCAAAGAAGUCUCAAUGUCUCUUCUUCAGCUCCUAACAGCUUGGCUUCUCCCUCUAUUCUUUCCAAUUCUGAUGAUAACCAUCCAAAAUCAGAGAAUCAAAACUCCUCUUCUAUUCCAAAAGAUAAAAAAACAAAGGUAGAAUUAUGGUCUGAUUUAAAAAUACAAACCAUAGCUAGAUUUUUAACCGUUAUCUAUUCUAAUGCCUUUUUAAUCGUUUUAAUCAGAUUACAAUUAAAUAUAUUGGCUAAAAAGGAAUAUCUUGAAACUGCUUUGAAAUUGGCCAAAAUUAAUACACAAGAAUUUGAAAAUUCUCAAUCUUUUUCCUAUUUGCCCAACUUUUUAUCCUUUCCAACAAAUCCCAUAACUAGAUUAUUCAAUUUCAACAAAAAUUCAAAUUCAAAUUCAAAUUCAAAUUCAAAUUCAAAUUCAAAUAAUAAUAAUAAUAAUAAUAAUAAUAAUAAUAAUAAUAAUAAUAAUAAUAAUAAUAAUAAUAACAAUAACAAUAACAAUAACAAUAACAAUAAAAAUAAAAAUAACAAUAAAAAUAUCAACGGUAUUGAUCCCAAAAACAUCGAUAAUCUUACCAACAUUAACGGCCAAGAUAUUAACAAUAAAUUGGAAGAAAAUUUCCAAAGAAAUGAUUAUCUCGCUGAACAAGCCUUUCUAUCUCUAACCUGGUGGCUACUAAAUAGAGGCUGGAUUCAAAUUAGAGACAUUAUUCUUCAAGCUGUUAAAUCGGUCUUUAAUGACAUCGAUCCAAGAUCCCCCUUCACCCUCCAGGAAUUUAAUGAAUUGCUAUUUAAAACAAGAGAUUUAAUCGAUUUUAAUUACAACUCAAAUAUCAACCUACAAAUCUCCUAUAACGAAAAUAACAACUUCCUACUAAACUGUCUACUACCACCAAUCGAAUUGGAAACUUUUGUAAUUAAUCAAGUAAACAACAACAAUAACAACGAUAACAGAGAAUUUGAUAUAACCUCUUCAAUUAUCCAAACCGUUAACUCGAUCAACCAUCACUAUCCUUCUCCAAUCUUUGAAAAUGAAGAAAAACUAGACUCAAUCAAUUUCCCCGAUAACGACCCUAAUCUCGAUAACGAUAUUAGCCUAAUAAACAAUGAAACUUUAAGAAUCCUAAUCGAUGAAACUAAAAACCAAAUCCUAUCCGAAUUAACAGAAUCAACUUUAACAAGUCUUGUCACAACUUGCAUAAACAAAUGUUUUAAACAAAUCUAUCUUCUAGUUUAUAAUCAAUCAUUAGCCUCAAACUCAAACUCAAACAAUAUUAUCAACGAUUAUAACGAUAACAAUCAAGAAAAUGAAAUUGAACAAUUAUUGGCUUCAAAAAAAUUCAAAUUGGCCUCGCUCUUAGCUUACAUUACAAAAAUCACUUCCUCUUUAAGUAGAAAUGAUGCAUCCAAUGAAUUUAUUUUGCUGAUGGACAAAGUCCCUGGGUUGGAUGAAUUAAGUGCCAGUGUCUACAUGAAUUUUGAUAUAUAGACUUGAAAAUCUUAUCUCUCGCUUUUUGUUAAAAAUAAUGCUUACUUUUUUUUUUUUUUUUUUUUCUUUUAUUUCUCAAUUAUUUUUUUAAUUUUAUUUGUUAAAUU